AUGCAUUCCUCCGUCCUCCUCGUCCUCACCUCCGCUCUCCUCGGCACCGCCCACCCAGGCCACCACGAAGAAGACCACCCAUCCCUCCUCGCCUCCCGCCACGCCCACCACGGCCUCGCCCGCCGCGGCCUCGAAGCCUGCUCCUCCUCCAAAGUCUACCGCGACCUCCAAGCCCGCGCCCUCGUCCGCCGCGCGGACGCAAUCGCUUACCACCGCGCCAUCCGCAAGCGCGCCACCGACAGCGCGGGCGUAGGUCACAACCUCACCUCCUCCCACGUCGGCAUCGACACCUCGUCCCCCUCGGCGGACCUCUUUGGCUCCAACCACACCUGCAUCCUCGACCCGGAGGGCGAGAUCGGGCCCUUCUGGGUCAAGGGCGAGCAUCUUCGCGCUGACCUGCGCGACGACCAGGAGGGCGUUGAUAUCGUUCUCGAUGGGCAAUUUAUCGAUGUCGAGACGUGCGAGCCUAUUACGGACUUGUACUGGGACCUGUGGAACUGCAAUGCUACGGGUGUCUACUCUGGCGUGCAGAGUUCCAUGAACGGGGACGUCAAUGACGCCAGCAACUUGGACAAGGCAUUCCUCCGCGGCAUCCAGAAGACGGACGCCGAUGGUGUGGUGCAGUUUACGACCAAGUUCCCUGGUCACUAUGACGGUCGCGCCACCCAUCACCACAUGGUCGCCUUCCUCGACGCAACAGUCCUCCCAAACAACACCCUCUCCUCCUCCCACGCAGCCCACAUCGGCCAACUCUUCUGGGACCAAGAUCUCAUCACCGAAGUCGAGUCCCUCUACCCCUACACCCUCAAUACCGUCGACGUGACCCUCAACGCAGACGACCACGUCGUCACGAGCCAGCUGGGCUCCAACGCCGACUCGGACCCCUUCUUCGACUACGCCUACCUGGGCGACGACGUCGCCGAGGGAUUGUUCGGCUGGAUCACCAUUGGGGUCAACCGCUCCGCGUCCUACGAGACCAGCUACGACUUUGCGCUUACGGAGGCUGGCGGUGUUGCUGUCGAGGGAGAGUCUGAGGAUGGUGGGCUCAGCGGCGGUAUGCCCAGUGGUUCUGGCGGAAUGCCCAGCGGUACUGGUAUGUUCAGCGGGAGCGCGCCUGUUGCUACUGCUGAUGCCACUGCUGCCUGUGCAUAA